GUUGGUUGGGUGAACUACAGAGCCGAGGGUCAAGCGUGCAGGCUGGGGGCCGUUUUCGGUCGAGAUGCCUUACGCUAACCAGCCCACGGUGCGGAUCACCGAACUCACGGACGAGAACGUCAAGUUCAUCAUUGAGAAUACGGACCUGGCAGUGGCCAAUUCCAUCCGCAGAGUCUUCAUCGCCGAGGUGCCCAUCAUAGCCAUAGACUGGGUCCAAAUUGAUGCCAACUCUUCAGUGCUACAUGAUGAGUUCAUUGCCCACAGGCUCGGAUUAAUCCCUCUUACAAGCGACGACAUUGUAGACAAGCUUCAAUACUCCAGGGACUGUACAUGUGAAGAAUUUUGUCCUGAGUGCUCCGUAGAGUUUACACUUGAUGUCCGUUGCAAUGAAGACCAGACUCGCCAUGUCACAUCUCGGGAUCUCAUUUCUAAUACCCCUCGAGUCAUUCCAGUGACAUCCCGGAGUAGAGACAAUGACCCCAAUGACUAUGUGGAACAGGAUGACAUCCUCAUUGUCAAACUCCGGAAAGGCCAGGAGCUGAGACUACGAGCCUAUGCUAAAAAGGGCUUUGGCAAGGAGCAUGCCAAAUGGAAUCCUACAGCAGGAGUGGCAUUUGAGUAUGACCCAGAUAAUGCCUUGAGGCAUACAGUCUACCCAAAGCCUGAAGAAUGGCCAAAGAGUGAGUAUUCUGAGAUUGAUGAGGAUGAAGCCCAGGCUCCCUAUGACCCCAAUGGCAAACCAGAGAGGUUCUACUACAACGUGGAGUCCUGUGGCUCUCUUCGCCCUGAAACCAUUGUCCUCUCUGCUUUGUCUGGUUUGAAGAAGAAGUUGAGUGACCUCCAGACCCAGCUAACGCAUGAGAUCCAGAGUGAUGUCCUGACUAUAAACUAGCGGCAGUCAUUUCUAUCAGGAAUGGGACUCGAGGAUAAUGGAUGCACUUCUGGCCUGAGCUCUUUCUUGCUCCUGGGAAGUGGACUAAAAUUUAGCCUGUUCAGAGUCCUGGCUAGCACAUUGCAGCUUUGAAGCCUCUUGCCAGUUUGGGAUGUAAUUAGCCUAGGAAGAUAUCACAAAGGAGAGAUGGGAGGUUUCACUCCCCACAAGGGUUCAUCCUUUUUUCCUUGGGUUGGUCUAUUCCUUUAGUAUGAACUGGGCCGGGGGGGGGGGGGGGGGGGGGGAGCCUUUUCUCCCUAGUAAUCAGCAGAGAUUUUGGAGGAUGAGGUGAGUAAGUGUACCUUUAUUAAGUCCUUAUCCCAAACAACCUUAGGGCUAUGCUGGGCCUUUGGUACAUCUCUCCUGUUGCACCUUUGUUAGCAGCAGAGAAAACUCUCUUCCCCAGAUUGUAGGCCCAGUCUUCCAGUGAGUUCUACUUGGGUGGUGCUUCUUGCAGGCACGGGAUUGAGCAUUAUUUAUUGAGUAGUGUUUUUUCCCAGGCUUGCUUUGGAGUGUUUCAUUACUUCUUGCCAGACCCCAGGUUAGGUGCACUGCCUUCUGCACCCUCAACUACUCUAACUAGAGCUUGAUCACUUAGCUGAGAACAGAAAGCAAGCAUCCUUCAAUGUUUUCUAGCUGAGGGUGGGUUAGCUCUGAGCCCCACACCACUGGCUCCAAAGGAAAGUACAUCAUCAGGGUAAUUGGGUGACAAAUCAGAAAAGCAAAUCAGAUAGUAAGGGUCCUUUAUUGAUGAGCAGGUUUUUUUUUUUAAAUCAUUUUUGGCAAUAAACAGCACAUAAUUUUUU